AACACGCGGCUUCAUUAAAUCACUCUCACAAACACACAUAGGGAGAUAGAAAGGACAAGGGAAGAUAUUAGGUAUUUUAGCACUUAAUUGAAUUUCUGUCGUACAUUUUGGAGCAGUUUUGAGUGUGUGCGUGUGUGUGCCUUUGGUGAGUGAGUCAUAGUGAUACGUGACUUACAGCUGAAGUGUAUUCACUUCUACAGUGCAUAAAGAUCAAUGGGCAUCUCUAUUGUCUCAUUUAGGCCCAUUAAUUGUUCAUUAAUUUAUGCCACCGUGCGCCUAUGCCAAGAGCGGUAAUUGCAAAUUAGCAAUGAAUUUGACUCUUUUGCUGCAAUGUCACCAUCUUAAAGGUAUGUGACACCCGAAAGAAUGAAGAAAGUUCGGUUGAGAGGUUCUGUUAUCAUUUUAAAUCAAGCAUUUAACAACUGAGGCUGUUGUUGCUUACUUUAAUGUUAAUUACGUGCUCACGUUUAUUGUAUUAUACUGCACUCUGGUUUAUUUCAUUCGUAUUUUAUCAUUUUAUUUAGCACCGAUGCACUCUCCCUGGCAAAACAAAUGCAGGUUAAAUACAGCCUUUAAGAAAGCAACAGUCUGUCUAUGUGAGUUUACUAUUAACCCUCAGGGAGACUAUUGAUGUGCCGUAGGUUGUGGAUGUCUGCUGACAGGCCUUUCUAAUUCCUCUUUAUGAGCUUAGAGGAUGACACGUGCGUUUCAACUGAGCUUCCCCAGCAGCUGAAAUGCACAGACUGGACUAAAACCUUGCGGCUUGUCUUUUAAGCACAUCAGACAGCCUACAUAAUAAGGAUAAUUAUUAUUGUUUAAAACAAUUCACGGGCUGCCAUGAAUGUGCACGAAUGGAUUAUGCAGCUCUUCUCAGCAGAUGCAGCAUUAUACACAGCCUCUGUGAGAGUUGGGUUCUCACAACACCAGCCUGAUUUGAGCAGAGCUGCGUUUUAGAUGUAAUAUUACUGUCUUUGCCCAGGCAGACACAAGGGAUUAGAGAGCUUCAGGUAUAAAUGGAGCACUCUCAAAUAAAGCACACACACAUAAAUGCGUCCAAACACUGCCCUCGUUUUGUAAAUCUGAUCAAAACAGCUUUCACUGACCCGUCUUAACUUAAAAAGAGAAAUCAGCUGUAAGAUUGAAAUGUAAGGGCCUUUUUCAUCUGCACCGAGACAUUUCUUUUUAAAAUGUUCCAAAGGGAGAUGUCAAUCAUAAUCGGAUUUGGUUUUCAUUGGUCAUUACUGAAAAAUGUAUUUAGGUCACUACUAUUCUGAAAGUUUUUCUGUAUUUGAUGGCUCCCUGGAACACUUCAUUUUGAUUGGUCAGCUGUGGCUUUGUUAGGUCAAAUAUUUUUGAUCUUUAAAUUGGAUGUUCCAACAUUGCCAUACUGGAGAUUUGAUAAUUUAAGAUCUCAAUAUUAAAUCAUAAGUAUGUACCAGCAUUUGUCUUCCCAGCUAAAACAAAUUUUGUUCUAAAAUGUCUUGCUAACAUACCCAAAAAAUUAUGAAAUGUUCUCUGAAUUUUCAAAACAUUUUCAGUUUAUCUUGGUUAUGGGAGCGUUAUGGGACUUUUACAGAAAUUAUUGAAAUGCUUAUGUUGAAUGUUCUCUUAAUCAUCCAAAUCAUGAACGUCCAAAUAAAAUGUUUCAGAGAAACGUUGAGUCAACAAUGCAAAUAAUAGAAAUAUAAAUUUUGGGCUAAAGCAAGAACUUUAUUAAAGACCAGUUAACUCUGAAUUAACAUUAUAUUAACAGCACAACAAGAAUGAUCACAUUAGAGAACCUUGACAAAAUGUUAGCCGACAUUCUGAACAACGAGUUGUUGCUUCAAAGAUAAAUAAAUAACAUUUAGAGGAUCUGUCAGUGGCACAUACGUGUUAAGUUAAAAUCAGGUGACUGUGGUUUCUCCAGUGUUUCCCUUUGAGAACUUUUACGUUAAGUGCGCAAUGCUCUUUGGAAACGACUUAUUUUUCAAUUGAUCAACGUCAAUAGCCCGGUGGCCUUGAAAAUUAAAAAUAGCUCACGCACAGAAAAAAAAAUGUAGUUUAGUUUGUCCAAAUGCGUUCCUCACAGUUGUUUGUUCCUAAGCAACAGAGGCGCCUCGCGCGUGCGUCAUUUCCUCCAGAGCGCAGUGUCGGUAUCUCACUACGGACUCGGUAGUAGCGACAAGAAAUCCGAGCGAGCCGCACUGACCAGACGCGCUGCUCUUCAGAGCUCAGCAGCCAAACUUCAAACCUUCGUGCUGUGUUUCUGUUUCUUUUUCGGAGUGGGACGCGUCUCGCCACCGGUUCCUCAACGCGCAGUGUCUUACCAAAAGGAUUAAAGUCACUAUAACGGACGUCAAAUCCUCGCGGGACUUAAUUCGGGUUUGUUGUUUGCCUUUGAAAGAAGACUGUAGUUUUUCCACUCUUCAAAGUGAUUUAUUUAACCGAUUUCAGCAUUAAUCAAAAGUUUCCAAACUGCACCGCGCUAGUUAUUCCGCGUUGUUAUUUUGAAGACUUAACUCGGCAUGGCUGGUCUCACUACAGGUUAACGCACGAAUCGCGCCGCGCUUCUGUUUUUAGCGAGAGGCAGCGAUCGCGCUCUGUUCCUGAUGCCUGAUGUGAAACCCCCCUGUGGUUUUGAGGUGUCCGAGAAUGAGCACGGAAUUGGAGCGCGCUUCUCUCAAGUCGGGCGCGAACUCCCUGGGCUCCGGUGGCCGCGCGCUUUCCGUUAACGUCAAGAAGUUGCACAACGCGCUCAACGUGCUGCUCAACGACUUCGAAAGGGAGCAGUUCAUCCACUGUCUCAACGUAUACCACGCCAAACGCAAUGUCUUUGAUCUCGUGCAGACUCUCAAAGUCAUUCUCAACACACCCAACAAGCGCCAACUCUUACCCAUGCUUCGCCUGGUCAUACCCCGCUCGGACCAGCUGCUGUUCGACCAGUACACAUCGGAAGGGCUUUAUCUGAAGACGGAUCUGCUGGCGGCCGGUGUCAAGCACGAGUGCUCGGAUGACCACGGAAGCACGAACGCUCACGCCGGAGCAUCCUCCGUGCACUUUCUGCACGAGUCCGAGCAGGCCGGUCCCAGUCACGGACCCGUGCGGCAGGCUCCGGUUUUCAGCACCGCGGCUGAGGGGACAGCGCCAGCGCUGAUGCAGGAAGCGCCCGAUGAAAUUCGCCAAGUUACGCUGAAAAGGAGCAAGAGCCAUGAAGGCCUGGGAUUCAGCAUACGGGGUGGGUCAGAGCAUGGAGUUGGCAUCUAUGUGUCUUUGGUGGAGCCGGGAUCAUCCGCUGAGAGAGAGGGGCUCAGAGUUGGAGACCAGAUCAUGCAAGUCAAUAGCAUGGUGUUUGACCGAGUCACUCAUGGAGAGGCAGUCAAGGUAUUAAAAGGCUCUAAGAAGCUCUCGAUGUCGGUCUGUUCUAUGGGACGAAUCCCAGGUGGUUACGUGACCAAUCAUGUGUACACAUGGGUGGACCCUCAGGGCCGCAGUGUGUCCCCACCACCAGACCUGCUGGAGCAGCAUGGCUCAGGAGGAAGACUCUUGGACGUUCAGCAACAUGGCCACACACACAUUCGGCACGAGGGUGGUGAGAAGAAGGUGAAUAUCUCACUGGAUGAUGGGCGAUCUUUGGGCUUGAUGAUCCGUGGAGGUGCUGAGUAUGCUCUGGGCAUUUAUAUCACCGGAGUGGACCGAGGGUCUGCUGCAGAGUACAGCGGACUAAAGGUAGGGGAUCAGAUUCUGGAGGUCAAUGGGCGUAGCUUCCGGAGCAUCUCUCAUGACGAGGCCGUGCAGAUCUUGAAGAAUUCCCGCCACAUGCUGAUGACCAUAAAGGACGUGGGGCGGCUGCCUCACGCACGCACUGUGGUGGAUGAGACCAAAUGGAUUCCCAGUGCACAGAUCGCUGAGAGCUCGGCCAAUAGUAACACCCAGAGCAUUCUGCCUGUUGAUGUUGCAGCAGGAAGUUCAGGAAAGUCAAUCUGUUGUAAAGGUGUCGUGCCAGCGGUCGGAGCGGUACGUGCAGGAGCCUGGAGCUCACUGGAGGAGCAGGCGUACAUGCUUCUGACAGAGACAGAGAGACAGACCAUGAGCUAUUACAUUCAAGAGUACCAGCGCGCACAUAUCGGGGUAGAGCCUCUGGCCAUGGCCCUGUUUGAACUCUUCAACACACAUGCAAAGCUGUCCUUGCUGGCUGAGGUGCGGACCCUGGUCGCUCCGCAGGAUCUGGAGCGAUUCGAUGGGCAGGUGUUACAUCACGAGAUGGAAGCGUGGAGAGUACGGCACGGAGGCUCGGGCCUCCUGCACCCCGACUCUAUCUGCGUCACCCAUCCAGACGGCCACAUUCCUGCUGUCUGCCAGCUGACCACCGCAGUCCCUGGCUACAACAAGAAUGAGUGCAGGUUGGAGGGGAGUUUGAUGCCACUUGAGGGUCUAAAUUCUCUUCCUGAUGUUUCUCUGGACAAGGUGCAGCCGUCAACCGAAUCACCCCCCUCGUUCAAGCCUCCCCCUCCACCUGUCCGACACGCCAGCCCUAAAAAUCAGACCAAACGACCUUCGUCCAAGCUGUCCCAGACCAAUCUUCUCUUUACCGCCCCCUGCAGGCGGCAUCAAGAAAACCACACCCACAAUCACUCGCACUCGCCCUGCUCUGCUCACACCUCCCCGUGCACCAUCCACCACACCACCUCCACCUGCUCCGUCCAUCACACUCCUCCACCCUGCUCUCACCAUCACAGCUCUCCACGGUCAUUAUCCUACCACGCCAGCCCUUCUUCUGGACCCCCGUGUAAAGAUUUGGUUCAGUUUCUGAUGAGCAGGCAGGCGGCAGUGCUCUCCCCGCACCUAGAGUCUCCAAACCGUUCCAGAGACGGAACCCCCAUGAUCUCUCCGCGCUCCUCUCCAUCCAUUUCUCCUUCGCUGCUAAUGCCCGCGCCGCCCCCCUGUAGCCCCGAGAAGCUGGAGUGCUCGUCCUCUACACACAGCUGCGGCGCCACCCAGACCAGCCCGCUACACCCCGAGCCGGAGACGACAGAGGAAAGGCCUCAGCCCCAGCUACGAGGAGCCACGCUGUCCCAGCUGUCAGACAGCGGACAGACUCUGAGCGAGGACAGUGGAGUGGAUAUCGCAGAGGCUGGGGGGUUGAGUAAGGACAGCAGCCCGCGGCCAGGUAAACCUCCCUUCCUCCAGGUCACAGGUGACAUACGCAGAGCGGAAGGACUCGCACAGGCCACCGCAAAACACAUGGGAGUAAUGGAGCCUACACUUGUACGGGUGCCCAAGUGUGCCAGUACACUGGGGAUUGCUGUUGAAGGGGGUGCCAACACCAGACAGCCUCUGCCACGCAUCGCCACCAUACAGAAGGGGGGCUGCGCGCAUAUCUCCGGACAGUUACGGGUGGGUCAGGUGAUUCUGGAGGUGAACGGCGUGUCGCUUAAAGGCAUGGAGCACCGGGACGCAACUCGGGUCAUCGCCGAGGCCUUUAAGACCAAAGACAAAGACUAUGUCGACUUUUUGAUCGCCGAGAUCAACUCUGCUCUGUAGAAGUCGUCCCUCGAGAGUUUUGCUAUUUUCCACUGCGAAGACCUUGCACUUUACGUCACGUCCACACAGAGGGGCUGAAUGAGUCACGCUUGUCAUAUCUGAGUCACAGUUAGCUUAGAGUUCAAAAGCUGCAACACGCCCACCUUACGUCUGUGUUCUCGCUGUAAGAACACCUUCACUGAACCUCUGCAGAGCCGAGACUGUGGCUGAUAUGUUUGAUAGGACGAGAUCAGGGUUGUAUCAAGUCUGUCAGAUCUGUGCCAUACACACACACACACACACACACACACUCUACCGUUAGGUUCGGGGUCUGUAUGAUUUCUUAUGUUUCUCUUAUGCUGUCUUAUCUGUCUAUAUUUUAGUAUAUUUUACUUCGUAUACCGUUGCUUAUGGUAUUUGUUGUUACAUGAUCAUUUUUAAUUCACUCCGAUACGCCGAUUUGGUGCUUGAAAAACAUUUCUCAUCAUCAACGUUAAAAACGAUACUUCUUUGUGGAAACCUUAAAAGUCGAUACGAGCAUUUUCAGGAUUCUUUGAUAAAUUAAAAGUUCAAGAGAACAGCAUUUAUUUCAUUUUGUUUUCUUUUUUUUUUUUAUAAAACUAAAAUUUUACUUUUUCAAUCAAUUUUAAAACAUACCGACCCCAAACUUUUUAAUGCUAGGGUUGCAUCUAUAUAUAUAUAAUCAAAUCCUUCAUUACUUUCUGUUCAUGUUUAUUAUAGCUAAUACAUAUAUACAGAAAUAUAUUUAUACGGAAAUAUAUAAAUAUCUACAGAUUUGCUAUUACAGUUCUUAAAAGAAAAUCACAUAUCAUUUCAGUCGUAAUAUCAAAUAGCAUAGUCAUUGUAUGUUUGUUUGUUUUCACUCUUCGUUGAUUCCAAAGGUCUUUAUUUAUUUAUUUUUAAUGAAAGGAACUGAAUUCAGUGGAAGUAGUGAAAUUAAGUGUUAUUAAUACGCUGUUGUAAUAUGUGAAUGGAGAUUUAUUUCCGGACAGAUGGAGCGAGGAGGAGGAUUCGAGAGUAUCGCACUGUUUUUUCAUUCUGUUUUUUCUGUUCUUUUCCUCUCUGUCUCUCUCACAAAACCAAGCUCUUAUAUCAGUGUGCAAACUUCAAAGAGAGAAAUAAUGAAGAAAUGCAUAGAAGUAUUUUUUUGAAGAGAUUUGAAGAGAUGUUCGGUGUCAGAAUUAUAUGUAAAUGCAUGGCUCCUGAUUAUGCAACAUACAGAGAGAGUUAUUGUACAUAGGUAAAAUAAUGUAAAGCUGUAUAUAUUUUAUUUAUGUAAUAUAUUUUUUGCACAUACUGUUGAUAUAAUGUUUUCAAUGACUGCAUCAAAAACAUUAAAACCCUUAAAUAUGAAACCAAAACAUCAAUACUUAGAAUAGUAACAUAGAAGCAUAUUAGUUUCUCAACCCAGAGGUUGUUGUUCCCUUCAGAUAUUUAAUUCAUAAACCACAUACCAUUAUCCAGACAGUCUGUCUCUAAGUUUAUAAAGAUUUGCUUUUUGUUCAUUUGUUGCUUGUCAUUUGUCGUACUUCGCAAUGUGAAAAAAAAAACAUAAUAUUGUAACUUUACAGGAACUAAAUUAUCGUAGACUUUCAAAACAACACCAUAUAAAGACAGCGCACAAUCCGAGGGUAUCAAUAUUAUGCCUGAAAUAUUUAUGAUUUAUGCCAAACUGGAAAAGAGACUUAAAUAAAUAUUUAAAGACGGAAUUAAAUGUCUGCACUUAUUAUUAUUAUUAUUAUUUUUCCCCUUGGUGAAAUCGUAUUGUUAUCAGCAAAAAAUGUGUGCCUCUGUUAUCUGAUGAAGUUGUGCUUUGGCGCCCUCGUGUGUUCAAAUGAAGCACAUGGUUUUAAUCUUAAAUGUUUGCAAUGACAGUACUAUAUCUAAAUAUAUUAUACCUCUACCUAUUAUACAUACAUAAUGCAAUUAAUCAAUCUUUUGUUUUUAUAAUAUGACACCAUUCAAAGUCGUGUAGGUCGUUUUAAACAUUAGCAAAACAUUAUUUUAAACAAACAGGUCUGUGGAUGAUGCAGUCAAUAUGUGACUGCAUUAUGUAUUGCAGUAUCGAGAAAGACCAGCGAUUUACGUGAGAAUGUUACUGUUAGCUUUUAACACCAUCAUCCCAUCACCCCUCCAGCCCAAAUUAAAGGAAUAGUUCACCCAAAAAUGAACAUACAAGACAUUUUGAAGAAAGUUUGUAACCAGGCUGUUUUGGCUCACAGUUGAUUUCUAUAAUAGGAAAAUACUAUGAAAGUCAAACUUUCUUCAAAAUAUCUUCAUUUGUGUUCAGCAGAACAAAGACAUUUAUACAGGUUUGGGAAUAUUCUAGGGUGAAUAAAUGAUGACAGAAUUUUCAUUUUUGGGGGAACUAUUCCUUCAACUCAGCUCUCCGUGCCCGACUCCGUCUGUCAGUGGGUCACCAGCGUCCUGACCGGCAGGCGACAGCUAGUGAGGCUGGGAACAUUUUCAUCCAGCACCCAUAUAAUAAGCACUGGAGCUCCUCAGGGCUGUGUUCUCUCCACACUGCUCUUCUCCCUCUACACCAACGACUGCACCUCUAAAGACCCCAAGCUCCUGAAGUUUGCAGAUGACACCACACUCAUUCAGUACAGUGACGAGUCUGCUUACAGACAUGAGGUAAAAGAGCUGGCUGUCCGGUGCAGUCUCAACAACCUGGAGCUCAACGUGCUCAAAACGGUGGAGAUGACGAUGGUCUUCAGGAAGAAACCCUCUCUCCCCCCCACACAACACUAUUAUACUUUAAUUUAUUUAACAAAACAUGCUUAUUUACAUUUUAAAUUUGCGCAUAUCAUACCUGUACAUGCAUACAUGUCUAUAUAUUAUGUUUUUGCUAUUUUGUACAAUGUUUUUUUAUGUCUUGUUGGAGCUUCUGUCACUUCUGUCAUUUCUCUUAUGUGUAAACAUACCUGGCAAUAAAGCUCAUUCUGAUUCUGAACAUUAGAUUAUUACAACGAA